UUAGGAAGCAUGUAAGUUACUCGUAGAUCCCAGCUUCUCAGAAUAAAGAAAAAGGUAAACAAGACAAAACAACUCCACCAUCUGAAGUAAUAAUAAUAAGCUCACAAAAACCCUACAGCUAUUUCCAUCCUUUCAUUGGAGUAAUAGUUAUCAAUCGUCACUGUCAUCACAUGGAGCAUCCACCAACCAUCUUCAUGGUACCUGAACCCCCACCUUUCCCUGCACCGCCAAGGAGUGUAGAUUUAGCCCCUCUUGAAUUCAUUCUUGCAUUCAUAGCUGUUAUCGCCGUUCCCGCUCUGAUCUACACCUUUUUCUUCUCUAUCAAGUGCCCUCCUGGCCCCUUCAGGAGGAGGAGGCGUCACCGAAGCAGCAGUUCCAUCAUCUCUGAAACCCUUUCUGUCUCUGAAAUUGUUGAUACCGACGACUUAAACGGUACAACGAGCGGUGAUCAGAAAGAGCGGGUUUCAGAUGUUAAGUUUCAGAAAGACACGCAUUUGCAGGAUGUUGGAAGUGAAUGUCCAGUUUGUUUGUCUGUGUUUUCUGAUGGGGAAGCAGUGAAGCAACUAAGUGUGUGCAAGCACUCCUUUCAUGCUUCUUGUAUUGAUAUGUGGCUCAGUUCUAACUCAAAUUGUCCUGUCUGUCGGGCUUCUACUGCCCCUCCUGCCAAGCAUCCUGGUAAGAAUCCCUCCUCUUCAACAUCUAGAAAUAAUGUUGACGAUCUCCAGCAAGGAUUGCCGGAUGCGGCGAGUUUGGUUUGAGUACAAGAUCUGGCAUCUCAUUGGCUUUUGCUUUCCUAUAUUGUAGAGUGAGCUAUUAUCCUACUUUACAGCCUAAAAUCCAAUGUCAUUUUUUACUCUUUUUUUUUUUAAUUGACAAAUCAAUAGGAGAAAUUUGUCUGCAUUUUUUUUUUA